CCUGGGACCCAGGUUCAGGGACGGGGAAGGGCGGUGCCGCCGGGUGUCACGCGGGAGGGCCCUGGGCCAGGCCGGGCCAGGCCAGUGGAGCUGGGGCGAUGGCGUCCGAGGAGCAGGACCCCGAGGGCUUGGCGGCCGCUCGGCCUCUGCUCACUGACCUGUACCAAGUGACCAUGGCCCUGGGCUACUGGAAGGCGGGGCGCGCUCGGGAGCCGGCCGUGUUCGAGCUCUUCUUCCGCAGCAGCCCGUUCGGAGGCGCCUUCGUCCUGGCCGCCGGCCUGCGGGACUGUGUGCGCUUUCUGCAAGCCUUUCGCCUGCGGGAUGCAGACGUGCAGUACCUGGCCUCAGUGCUGCCCCCGGACACGGACCCCGCUUUCUUCGAGCAUCUCCGCACCGUUGACUGCUCCGGGGUGACCGUGCGUGCACUCCCCGAGGGCUCGAUCGCCUUCCCGGGCGUGCCGCUGCUGCAGGUAUCUGGCCCGCUGCUGGUGGCCCAACUGCUGGAGACGCCUCUGCUGUCACUGCUCAGCUAUGCCAGCCUUAUUGCCACCAACGCGGCGAGACUGCGCCUGAUCGCGGGACCCCAAAAGCGGCUGCUGGAGAUGGGACUAAGGCGUGCGCAGGGGCCCGACGGAGGCCUGACCGCCUCCACGUACAGCUACCUGGGAGGCUUCGAUGGUACCAGCAACGUGCUGGCCGGGCAGCUGAGGGGUGUGCCCGUGGCUGGGACGCUGGCACAUUCCUUCGUCACUUCCUUCUCAGGCGCUGAGGUGCCCCCAGACCCGAUACUGACUCCGGCCUCUGGCCCCGGCCCCAAGGUGGACCUGGCCUCACGCGUGGACAUGUGGCUGGAGCGUGUGUGUGCCCAGCUGGGCCUGGGAGUGCAGGAGCCACAUAAGGGGGAGCGGGCAGCUUUCGUGGCCUACGCUCUGGCCUUCCCCCGGGCAUUCCAGGGGCUGCUGGACUCGUACAGCGUGCGCAGGAGCGGCCUCCCCAACUUCCUAGCAGUGGCCCUGGCCCUGGGCGACCUAGGCUACCGGGCGGUGGGCGUAAGGCUGGACAGCGGCGACCUACUGCAGCAGGCGCAGCACAUCCGCGGAGUCUUCCAGACCCUGGCAGCCCAGUUCCAGGCACCCUGGCUGGAGUCGGUCCUCAUUGCCGUCAGCAAUAACAUUGAUGAGAAGGAGCUGGCCCGUCUGGCACAGGAGGGCAGUGAAGUCAAUCUCAUUGGGAUUGGCACAAAUGUGGUCACCUGUCCGCGCCAACCUUCCCUGGGCUGCGUCUACAAGCUUGUGUCUGUAGCUGACCAGCCUCGAAUGAAGCUGACGGAGGACCCUGAGAAGCAGACACUGCCCGGGAGCAAAAGUGCUUUCCGGCUCCUGGAUGCCAGCGGGGCUCCCCUGAUGGACCUGCUGCAGCUGGCCAAGGAACCAGCUCCCCAGGCCGGCCAGGAGCUGCGGGUCUGGCUCCGGGGUGCCCAGCAACCCUGCAGCGUGUGUCCGGACUCCGUCGAGCCCCUGCUCCGGGUGUAUUUUCAGCAGGGCCAGUUGUGUGAGACUCUCCCGCCCCUGGCUGAGUCCCGCGCCUUCGCCCAGCGUAGCUUGGGUCAGUUGCGCCCGGAGCACCUGAGGCUGCAGCAACCGGCAGAGUACAAGGUGGUGCUGUCGGAGCAGCUGCGGACGCUUGUGGAGAGGCUGCGCUCUGAGGCCCCCGUAUGAGCCCAAAAGAACAUGAGUCUGCCCCCUC